AUCAGCUUCCGGUGUUGAGGAGGACCAGGGAGACGGAGGGAGAAAGAAACGCGGGCAUAUUGUGUUCUUUAUACUCUUCGUUGACCUCCAAACUCUAAAGAGCGCGCGUUUGGAAUUGGAAGCCGGGCGACUGUGCUUUUUGGAUGUCUAGCGAACCUCGGAGUUUAUGUUUGGCGUUCGGUGAAAUAGUCCCCAUUCAUUCCGUUGUCUGUGCUAGCACGCUAAGCUAAGCUGCGCCAGGCCUUUUUUUCUUGCUGGACUUUGCGUUGCUAAUGCUAGCGGGGCUAAGCCACGUUUUUUCCCUCCAAUGACUUUGUCCCUCGCUUUGUAAAUAAAGAUCACUUAUGAUUUAUAUGCUAAUCCGAACAUAGUCGUUCUCCGGGGGGUUGCAAGUCGAAGCUAAUUUCCGUGUGCGACCCUUUUUUUAGGGGGGUGGGAUUCGAGGUCCACUUUUUAGCUAGAGCGAAUAACGCAGACGCGGAAAGCCGCCGAAGCCUACAGAUAUGUCGGACUUCGAUGAAUUUGAGCGGCAGCUAUCCGAAAACAAGCAAGCCGAGCGGGACAAAGAGAACCGGCACCACCGCCGCUCUGGCUCCCGUAGCCGUAGCCGAGACCGGAAGAGGAGGAGCAGAGACAGGGACAGACGUAGCCGGGAUCGCCGUGGCGACAGUAAGGAUCGCAGACACAGACGCAGCUCACCAUCGAGCUACCCAAAGGACAAUACUGCAAGCCGUUCUCCGCACCGUGAGAAGAAGAAGAUAAAGGUGAAGAAGUACUGGGAUGUCCCGCCACCUGGUUUUGAAAACAUCAGCCCCAUGCAGUACAAAGCCAUGCAAGCUGCCGGCCAGAUCCCAGCAACAGCCCUCUUGCCCACCAUGACUCCAGACGGCCUGGCUGUCACUCCCACCCCAGUGCCAGUCGUGGGCAGCCAGAUGACCCGACAGGCUCGAAGGCUUUACGUGGGGAACAUCCCCUUUGGGAUCACUGAGGAGUCAAUGAUGGAUUUCUUUAAUGCUCAGAUGCGUCUCGGUGGUCUCACUCAGGCACCGGGCAACCCGGUGCUUGCGGUGCAGAUCAAUCAAGAUAAGAAUUUUGCCUUCCUUGAGUUCCGCUCAGUGGAUGAGACAACACAGGCAAUGGCUUUUGAUGGAAUCAUCUUUCAAGGCCAAAGCCUAAAAAUUCGUCGUCCCCACGAUUACCAGCCACUGCCGGGCAUGAGCGAGAACCCCAGUGUCUAUGUGCCUGGUACACAGACAAUUAAUGGUCUUGUUGUCAACACAGGAGUGGUCUCCACAGUAGUGCCCGACUCGGCCCACAAACUCUUCAUCGGCGGGCUGCCCAACUACCUAAAUGACGACCAGGUGAAGGAGCUUUUGACGUCAUUUGGCCCUCUGAAGGCCUUCAACCUGGUCAAGGACAGUGCUACAGGCCUGUCUAAAGGAUAUGCGUUCUGCGAAUACGUUGACGUCAAUCUAAAUGACCAGGCGAUUGCCGGGCUCAACGGUAUGCAACUGGGAGACAAGAAACUCCUGGUACAGCGGGCCAGUGUGGGAUCCAAGAACGCAACUCUGACCAGUAUAAACCAGACCCCCGUCACGCUGCAGGUGCCUGGCCUGAACAGCACAGUCACCCAAAUGGGUGGCCUGCCCACCGAGGUGCUAUGCCUGAUGAACAUGGUGGCGCCCGAAGAGUUGCUUGACGAUGAAGAGUAUGAGGAGAUUGUGGAAGACGUCCGGGACGAGUGUAGCAAGUACGGCCAAGUCAAGAGCAUCGAGAUCCCGCGGCCCGUCGACGGCCUGGAAGUGCCCGGCACUGGCAAGAUCUUUGUGGAGUUCAUGUCCGUUUUUGAUUCCCAGAAAGCCAUGCAGGGCUUAACAGGAAGGAAAUUUGCCAACAGAGUAGUGGUGACCAAGUACUGCGACCCAGACGCGUAUCAUCGCCGGGACUUCUGGUAGAGGAGGUGCGAUGGAGAGAAAAAGGGGGAUUUGAUGGGGGAGGGAGUUGGGUGGGUAGGUUUGACCUCCCACAUGACCAGAUUAGCCCAACGAAUGAUUAUAGUUUGUUUUUUUUCUCGUGGAAAUCACCAUAUGUGAAAAGUAAAGUGGGCUUGGUCUGCUUGUGCGGGGGGUUCCUCAGCGGGAGGUGGGGAGGGGUCUAAGGUUUUUGUGAAACGUGUGUUAAAAAGGUCAGGGGUGGGGUCAACAAUUUUUAUACUUUGCGAGCCGGAGAUGUCAUUUUGGGGGGAGGGGGGGCGUAAUACAUCAAUGUUUGUAUUUAAAUGGAAGGAACUUGUCAACGGUGCAUCGAGGGGAAUGAACACGACAACGGCAAGGAAAAGACAAGACGGUGAUGAGGGCAUUUUGGUUUGCCACCUCGUACUUAUUAUUCUUCACUAGCUGUAACGUCCAGUUAAAUUUCGCAGCCAUUAGAAAGACUAGAGAUGAUGUCAUUGUUUCUUUUUUUUUUUUUUGGUUUUAUUUGUUUGUUUGUUUUUGUCAGACUACUGCCCCUCGCCCCCCUCAGGACGAUCGCUAGAGAAUGUGUUGUGUGAAUGUCAACUCUUAACUGUUCCGAUACUGUGUGUAGCUUCACUGGCUCCAGCUUGUAACAUCAACAUUGUACUCAGCCUGUAGAAAAAGUUUGAGCUACAGUAAAGGACGUUUUCCAUCCACUUUUUUCUAAUGAUCCUUUCUUUGAACAGCUUUUGUUCAGGCCGCACUCAAACAUAUUUAUUGGGGGUUUAGCUUACCAAAAGCCUUAAUCGGAUGAUUUCACGAUAAUUGGACAAAGAAACUCAUCCGGCUGACCCUUCUUAAGUCCACCACGUCCGUACUUUCAAAGGCGUCACUCUCCUGUACUUUGCCUCGCUUUGCCAUUCACGUCCCUUGUUAAAAGAUUUGACCUGUAAUUUGUGCUUGGACCCGGUGAUGAUUUUUUUCCUGUUUCAUUUGUGUGAAUCGUCUCACCUCUUUGACAAGACCAAAUAAACACAUGAAUAAUA